ACCCAGAGAGAGAACGCCCAGAUGAUGGUCUAAGAGAGGGUCCUCUCAGAUCAUCGUGAAAAAGGCAGCAAUUAGAAAAAGAUUCUUUUUUUUUGGGACCUCUUGCUGCCUUUUUGUUGACUCUCAAUCACCCCCAGCGUGCCGCAUUGCAUUAUCUUCUUCUGUUUAUUCAUCAUCGUCCUCCAUUGUUAACGUCCCGUCACACGAAGUCAUCUUCCUGCAUGCUCCAGCCAUACUGUGGAGGGCCAUUGAAAGGAAGAUUUUGAGCCGGGUUAUGCCUUUGUUGAACAAGCUUUAGACGAAGAAGAUAAUUAUAAUCAUGAGGGACCCUGAUGUGAUCUUCGGAACCAGUUGCCUACAUUUCUUUUGCUUUUCGUAAAAUAGUUUGUAGUUAGUGAAUUGUUUUAUUGGUUGCGAAGUACGGGUAGAUUGAAGGGGUAUUUGUGUAGGAAAAAACCUCGCGAUUCUAUAUACUUAACGUCUAGCAAAUUGGCUCUUACAAAGCAAUGGGUUCUAGAUGUGGCUCAUAUGUAUUAUGGAGCAGAAUUUACUCUGCUUUAAUUUGUCUGUGGGGUAUUCAUGCAUGUUGGUCGCUUAAUGACGAAGUAAUGGCUUUGUUAAAGUUCCGGGCUAGAAUAGAUUCUGAUCCUCAUGGAACUUUGGCUAACUGGAAACCAGAUGAUCUUGAUCCUUGUGACUGGGUGGGUGUUCAAUGUGUUGACACUAAAGUACAAAUGCUGAACUUAAGUGGGCUAUCUUUGGAAGGUACACUGGCUCCUGAGCUUGGGAAACUAAGUAACUUAAAAUAUCUGGUAUUAUGCAAGAAUAACUUUUCUGGCACCGUUCCUAAAGAGCUUGGAGACCUAACUAAGCUGGAGCUGUUAGAUUUGAGGGACAAUAGCCUGACUGGAAGUGUUCCGGCAGAAAUUAGCAAGAUGUUGUUUCUAAAAGAGUUGUCCCUUUUUGGCAACAACAUUGAAGUCACUGUUCCUCAAGAUCUUGGGAAGGUGGAAUUACUCUCUAAACCACAAUUGGUCGACAAUCAUACAUCUCAUCAGACAGCUGAACUUGGUUGCAUGAAUAGAAAACUUGGACACUGCGUGUGGCAGAGCAAUUUCAAAGAAUGGAACAUGAGACAAUCGCUUGUCAUUCCAAUUAAAGGAGCAAUUACAAAAUGCCUCAAUUCCUUGACGCUGCCAUUGUUCAAGCUACAAAACUACCAUAACUAUGAAGAGAACUGCUUUGACAAUCAGCCUAGUGAGUCAGCAGUUGCUCAAAUACGUCGUAAAUUACUUGAUCAGUCCAGCAACCUUGCAGCGGCACCUUUUAGUGGUGGGUCUGCAAAACAGAUCAUUAGUCUCCCAACUACACUGAGUAGUGGAGCUUUUCCAGCCAUAUUAAAUACCAGCAAGAAUCAAAAUCAGUCAUCUGCGCCAUUACCUUCUCCUGCUUCUUCUGGAAAUGAAACAAAUCAACAACCUUCAGCUGAAGAUAAGGCAUCUGGAGAUGCUUGGAAAUACAUAAUUAUUAUAUCAGGUGUGCUUGUGUUGGUCAUUGUUGCUGUUGCCAUAUUUUGCCUGUGGAAUAAGAGAGCAGUAAAAGCAAUUAGGCCAUGGAAGACAGGAUUAAGUGGACAGUUACAGAAGGCUUUUGUGACAGGUGUCCCUAAGUUAAAUCGAGCAGAGUUGGAGGUGGCUUGUGAGGAUUUCAGCAAUAUUGUUACAAGCUUGCCUAAUUGCACCGUAUACAAGGGAACCCUAUCCAGUGGAGUCGAGAUUGCUGUUUCUUCAGCUCUGAUAUCUUCUGCCCAAGACUGGUCAAAGAAUAUGGAGAUUUCCUAUCGAAAAAAGAUUGAUACCUUGUCUCGGGUAAACCAUAAGAACUUUAUCAAUCUUAUCGGCUACUGUGAGGAAGAAGAGCCAUUUACUAGGAUGAUGGUAACUGAGUAUGCUCCAAAUGGAUCCCUGUUUGAGCAUUUGCAUGUUGAGGGGCUUGAACACCUUGAUUGGAACGCGAGGAUGAGGGUUAUUAUGGGCGUGGCUUAUUGUCUUCAGUACAUGCACCAUGACCUGAAUCCACCAAUAGCUCAUAGCAACCUCGAUUCACAAUCAGUCUUGUUAACAGAUGAUUUUGCUGCAAAGGUUGCCCAGGUCAUGUUUACCCCAUCAACUGAGGAUAAAUCAAAUUCAAAGAAUUCUGAAUUGUCAUUCAACUCUGAUCCUGAAACGAACGUUUAUUGCUUCGGAAAAUUGCUAUUCGAAAUCAUUUCUGGGAAAUUACCAGACUGUGAAGAACAAGGACAACUCGAGAAGUUGGCUGGUGAAUUUUCAAAUGGUAAGAGAAGCAUCAGUUACAUGAUCGAUCCUUCCCUUGAAUCCUUCAAAGAGAAAGAACUUGAUGUGGUUUGCGAGGUGAUCCAUCAAUGCACCCAACCUAAUCCAAGUUUGAGACCCACAAUCAAGGAUAUAACCUCCAAAUUAAGGGAUGUUAUUGGAAUAUCACCUGACCAAGCAGCCCCAAGACUUUCGCCGCUUUGGUGGGCCGAGCUAGAGAUCUUGUCAGAGGAGGCAACAUAACUUCUGUUUGACUCAAUGUAGUAAAGUCAAGUGACCAGAGCCCAAUACAUCUUCCAGUAUAUAUGUACAUCAAUAUAUAUAUUUGCGACCGAAAUUUUAUAUUGUCCUUGUUGCUUUGUAAGUCCUUAUGGUUCAUAACAUGGCUAUUCAUGCUGUAAUGAAAGUGUGUUAUGAUGUUUUCAUAGCGGGGGUGGUUUAAAAUGCUUUUUUUUUUUUUUGUUAUUUAAGUUGGAAAUGUAAAAAAGUGUCUAACAAUUUUUAAAUAG